AUGGUGAACACCAGACGUGCUCGACGACCGUCACCCAUUCGACAUCCCUCACCUACCCAGUCACCCUCUCAAGGAAGGUCCUCGGCCUCCAGACAUGUCGAUGAUCAGUUGCGUCAUGGUCCAGUGCUGUCUUCUCGACACGAUCACGUGCUCGAGUCGAUCCAUGCCAGCGACCCGCAACCUCUUGGAGAAGUCGAGGGACCUUUGCCCGUCACACAGGAAGACUUAAGGAGAUUGGCUGAGCAGUUCAAUGACACUUUGGAGCGCAGCCUCAAGGCCGCCGUGUUGAACCUCCGGGAUGAAGCACACUCUGUACGAGAGGCCGGUCUUCCUCGGUCCGAAAGAGACCGUGAACUACCACUGAAUCCUCCCCGACACACAGGGAGACACCAGGCAUCGAGAAGCCUCCCCCCGCCACCCCAGAGGCAUGACCGAAGCGAUGCUCGAAAUGUAAUUGUCCAACGAAGACUCAGGAGAGGCGAGCUCGACGCCCGCGAGAUCAUCAACUCUCGAAGAAGCAAGGGGAGACAGGGAGACGCCGGGAGGAUCUCUACUCACUCUCAACAUGAGAGUUUGAGAAGGUCCCUUGAUCAUCCUCGACGCUCCCCCACCCCGGUGGAACCUCCAAGAUCUCGACACGGAUCCUCUCGAGAACGAGAUCAAGAGGAAAACUCAAUCACAUCUGGAAGAAGGGCGGAUAGACACACCCAAACAGGGAGAGAACCUCCUCGGACCGGGAGACGGGAACCAACCCCCCCUCGAGAUGAGGUGCAGCUCGAAAACCUCAGCUUCCUAAGUCCUUUUAGCAGACAUAUUAUUGAAGCACCAACCCCGAACAAAGUUAAGGUGCCCUCUAUCGACCCAUAUGACGGGACCUCUGACCCGAAUGACUGUCCAAACAGGAGAUGA